AUGGCAGCCACUCCUGAGCUAUUUCUUCUUAUAACAUGUGUAAACUCCAGGUGGCAUGCAGUGGCUUCAUGGACUUGGGAUGCGCAAGACGAAACCUGUGGUAUUUGUAGAAUGGCAUUCGACGGCUGCUGCCCCGAUUGCAAAUAUCCUGGCGAUGAUUGCCCAUUAAGUAAGUCAAUGAUGAUUGUCACGGUAGUUUUUUUGCCCAGAUUAAGCUUCAAUCUGAACCAGAAUAGAAAUGUAUUGUUAUAGAACACUCAUUCAAUUCGUUUCCUACACCUCGGUUCAUAGCAAAGCGUAGGAUUUCUCAUAGGAGAUGAAGCUAUUUAUAAAUGGUAAUAUUUUGACAAUGCUUGUUUUCUUUUCGUUUUGUGCCUAGAACAGUGCUUAAUUAAGAGAUAUCGAUUCACUAGAUAUGGAGGCUAUCAUCUCUCUUAGAUGAACAAAAGAGCAGAAGCGGAUUGAUAAUCUCUGUCAGGGUUGUGCUGCCAUUCAGCUCUAAAAUCGGCGAGUGUUGUAAUGCCAAAACAGUAACCAGUGCAUGCAAGCAGUAUAGAUAUGGUGCAUUUCGCCCGAGAGCAACCGUGUGAUCUGACAUUUUUGGUAGAGUUAUUGGGGGCAAUCCAAUCCAAAAAACUGUUUGCAAUGCGCUGGUAGGUUCAAUAUUAAUUUAUUUAUAUCGCAUCAAUUAACUGCUGUGAGUUGUGAAGACCUGCUAGUAGCUAUCUUCGACAAUCAGAUGUACUGCCCACCAGUUGUCAACUGAAAGCAAUUGAUGGUUGACUACUAAUUACUGGCAAGGACGAACAUAAUCAAGUGAAUUCAUCUCACGUCAAUUUUAUUUUUCAAAAAUCAAUGCAACGCCCCACGAAAAAAAAUAAAAUUUGCUUUCAACUAACAGAUGGCAAAGGGAUGAAAGUUAAUCUAUCUAUUCUUCCUUUUUGUGGAAAACCAAGCGUGGAAGAGCUUCUUGAGUCUUGAGUGCUUAAUCAGAGAGGAAGAAUCAAUGGAUUUCCAUUUCUGAAACCAGGUCAAUACCGAAAUCACAGCAACUGUGUAAGAAAUUUUCUCGAGUAUCUGUUUGUAUCUAAAACAGGUCAUUUUCUGGAGGCCUGUUGUAUGCCAUGAAUUCACUCUCCACUCUCUCUCUCUCUCUCUCUCUCUCUCUCUCUUUCACUCUGAUAGAAUUGAUUGUAGUCUGAGAGUGUAUAGGUACCUCAAUAUUGAUAUUGAAUAUUCAGGCUCAUCUGUAUUUUAAAAAAGAUUGUCCUCUUCAUGACUUGAGAACCAAACGAGGAGUUCUUUUACAGACUUUGGAGCAGCAGCGUAGAGCACCUGCAUGUGAUUUCAUAUCAGGCAUCUGUUCCGCUAGGGAGAGGCUUUUGGGAUCGCUGCUCUUAUCUUGGAUGCUCUGUGGUUUUGCUGUUGAUCUGGUUCUCUGGAAACCCACCAGUUUAGUCUUCUUUGUACAUAGAUUGGAGGAUCCAUACAGAAAUGUGGGAUGAAUAAAGAAAGAAAUCUUAGGUCCCUUUCAGCCUUUCAGAAAACACAGUUCUAGUAUCAGAUUGUCUCGUAGAACAUUUCAUAGCCUCUCCCAAAUGCUUUUUAUUAUUUCUAUCUAUAUCAUCUUGGAUUAUGUAUUCAUUCUACGUCUUCUUGUUGACAUUUUUGGCCAAGUUAUGAACUUUCAUCAGUAUCUAUCCUGUCUUGAAAUCAACUCAGAUGGAUUUGAAUAAAAUGUAUUAUAAACAUCUAAUGAAACGUGUAAAAAAGGCAUGGAUAUUGACACAAUCCGUUCCAUUAUUUGUUCUAAUACUUGGGUAUAUUCUAAUAAUAUGUAGAUGCUUUUUAUAACCAUACCGUAUUUGUUGCAGUUUGGGGCGCCUGCAACCAUUCUUUCCAUCUCCAUUGCAUCCUGAAGUGGGUCAACUCGCAGACUCAGCCCCACUGCCCAAUGUGCCGAAGAGAGUGGCAGUUCAAGGCAUAG